CCGCCACCAUCCUCAAACACGUCCUUUUACAUAUUAUUGGCCAUUGAAACACAACGUGUUGAAUAAAGCAACACGCAAAAUUAAUAAUGUCGGCGGCAAGACCUUUAGUGUCUGUUUACAAUGAAAAGGGAGAGAGAACUGGUACCAAUAUUGCUCUCCCAGCUGUGUUCCGAGCUCCUAUAAGGCCAGAUGUUGUCAACUUUGUGCAUUUUGAAAUGCUGAAGAACACAAGGCAACCAUAUGCCGUCUCCCAGAAAGCAGGUCAUCAAACAUCUGCUGAAUCUUGGGGUACUGGUAGAGCCGUCGCUCGUAUUCCUCGUGUCCGUGGAGGUGGUACUCACCGUUCAGGUCAGGGAGCAUUUGGAAACAUGUGCCGAGGUGGUAGAAUGUUUGCUCCUACCAAGACAUGGAGAAGAUGGCACCGUAAAAUCAAUGUGACACAGAAAAGAUAUGCCAUCUGUUCUGCUGUUGCUGCUACUGGAAUUCCAGCUCUUGUUAUGUCUAAAGGUCACAGAAUUGAAGAGAUUUCUGAAGUACCACUUGUUAUUUCUGACAAAAUUGAAGAAUUCAAGAGAACAAAAGAAGCAGUUCAACUGAUGAAAAAACUCAAGGCCUGGGUUGACAUUCAAAAGGUUUAUGCAUCCAAACGUAUGCGACCAGGUAAAGGUAAAUUGAGGAACAGACGUCAACUUAUGAGAAAAGGUCCACUUGUAGUUUUUAAUAAAAAUAAUGGUAUCUGUCGCGCAUUUAGAAAUGUUCCAGGUGUCACAUUACUUGAUGUUUCUAGACUAAAUCUUUUAAAAGUUGCUCCUGGUGGACAUGUUGGUCGUUUCACUAUUUGGACAGAAGGAGCAUUCAGAGCUUUAGAUAAUAUAUAUGGAACAUGGAAAAAAUCAUCAACCGAGAAAAAACAUUUUAAUUUACCAUCAACUAAAAUGACAAAUACUGAUCUUAUGCGAUUAUUGAGGAGUGAUGAAAUAACAUCAGUUGUACGACCAGCAAUUCAUAAUCGUAGAAGACGAGUUUUGAAAAAGAAUCCUUUGAAAAAUCGUUCUGUUAUGAUUCGUCUUAAUCCUUAUGCUAAAGUCCAGAUGAAAAUAGAAGAAAAACGUGAACGUGAAAGAACCAAUAUCUUGAAUAAGAAACGUGGUUUACCACCAGUGGAAGAGGCCCCUAAAUCCAAGAAGAUUCAGAAGAAUGCUGCUAAAAGAAAGGCAUUUUUGGCAAAGAAGGGUUUGAAAAAGCCAAAAGCUCCAAAGGCCAAGAAGCCAGUAAAGAAGGCAGCCAAGAAGGCACCCGCCAAAAAAGCAGCACCUGCUAAAGGAAAAAAAUAGAUGUCUGAUUACAUUUGACUUCUAAAUAAAAGCCUUUUGGAAAGAU